UGGAUCAAUUCUCGACCUUGGAAAAAGGGGAGCGAGUGGAGUAAGACCCGAUAUCCGGGGAUCUUUUGACCAUGGUCCAUAUUUGAGAGCAUUUAGACUUUGCCAGGGUAUACUUAGAGCCAUGAUUUGCGAGUUGCUACUCCAAUGAUGUAUAGUCAAGGCUAUACUGUAGCUUUUUCUUUUGCUUGCCGUAGUUGUACCUUUGGUAAAUCAUGGCAUUUCCUUUGUCUAUAUUACAUGAUUAUAGAAUGGAGAGAAACAUCUUGCGGCUUUGUUGAAAAGAUUACUUAAUCUUACUAUAAAACCUAUGUCUAAUAGAAACAAAGGGUUUCUAGGGACCCUUUGGGGUAAUCAAUGGUCAAAUGUCAAGCCUUUGUCUACUUCCUUAAUCAACGCCAGAUGGGCUUAAAGAAAAAUCGCAAAUCGCCAGAUCCGGAAAAGAAAGAAACAUGGGUGUCCUCUUGCUUUCAUAAGAGCAAACAUAACCCUUUUUUUACAGGCAAUCCAACUAUCAUUAAUGCAUCGCAAUUAAUGGAUAGUUAAUCGGAUCCCCAAACAAGAUGUCUACAAUCGGGAAUUUGAGCCCUUCCUUUCGCCGACGCCACGAGAAAUCUAACAUAUCCAAAUUAUCCUCAAAUUAUUCAAAAGCAAGUACAGGAGGAACUCCCGGCCCAAGAUAUCCAAGAAUAGUCGCCUCCAGGCCGCCAAGAACCCCCUCCCCACCCUUGGAUAAAGAUACUGAAUUACAUAUGCGGAAGACGACAUGGCUGGAGAAGGUGGACGAAAUCCAAUCCCUUUGGAACUACUGGAUAGCAACAUUGCGCAGCCCUAGAGUGAUGAGACUAGUUCGAAAUGGACUUAUAAUUUCAGUACUUUUUCUAAUGGCUGUCUCUUUAGUUCCCUGGAACAGAAUCGUAUGGUACAAAUUUAGUAUCGUGACACACUCGUCAAGUUUCAAUGAAACAGAAGCUCGGGAAAACUUAGUCGGAAAGAAAAGGGAAAAGGAAGGAAUGAUGCGUAAGAGCAAUCAUUCUGAAUUGGAUGACCUUCAACGAGACCCAAUGUACGAGUUGAUUCUCCCACUUAAUGUUCUCACGAGGUUGAAUAUCGGUCCCGAACUCGAAGCUUUACAAGGAGCAUACGCGGAUAAUCGAUAUAUCAUCAUGAAUCUCACACAGGGUAUACCAGAUUUGUCGGUAGAUUCUCAGAACCUUACUGCCAGCCUCAAAGACUUUCGAAAAUCUAUGUGGAACUUUUCGGAAGCUAUUGGAGAUUACGUAGGGUUUUUGGAAAUGAUCUUAAACAAUUUACAGGAAGAAAGCAAGAAUCUCCAGAUAGCACUUAGCAAGAUUCAACCUGAAGAUACGUGGCACAAUCGCCCAGAUUUGGAACAAGGCAGAAAAAUUGCAGCACUUUGGAUCACUCACUACGAAUGGUUGACGAGUGAAAUAGAUAACCUUUGGGAGGAAACACUCAGAUUUCAAGAUGAAGCCAAAGAUGCCGUAAAACAGAGGAUAGAUCUUGAAGAGGCGUUCGAGAUAACCCAAUCCCGUAUGACUAAGGAAGCGAAACAGCGAGACCUCAAAAAUUUCGAUUUUCCCGCAGCCUACAAAUUCAUCCGUAGAUUCAGUUAUGUUGAUAGUCUGGAUUUGGAAGACGAAACUCAAGAUGGCUAUGAGACACGACUUGAAUAUAUUAUGCUACCCUUCAGCAGAACACUCGAGCUUGCCAAUGGUGAGGCAAAAUAUGUGAUGGAGAAACUGCAAAGAUCUUAUAUCCAGAGUUCAACCACAGGGAGCCAGGAUGAGACCGAGGGGAAUGGAAAUAAAACAAAUAAUGCAACACCACUGGCACCAUUUGAAAUUCCAGACCUUGGACAACAAAUCGAGGUGCUUAGAGCUACAUAUGAAAGCUAUGUACAAGUCAAAAUAUACCUGAAUGACAUGAAACAUGACUUGGCACGAAGGUUGAAAGGAACAGUUCUCAUGCCACUCCUGCCAGGAGAGAGGAUACAAGUCUAUGAUUAUGUGCUUAGUGGACAGCAGGAUAAUGCUUACAUGGAGAGGCAAUCGGAUAAGGUGAAGGAGGUGAUAAAUGAAAAGAACGAGGAGAGGAAGAGACUGAGGUACAAGCGGUACAUGGAACAGGAGGAAAAGCGCAAGAAAAAGAACUGGAAACCAUGGAAUUUCUGAUAUAUAUGGUGAUGUUUACGAGGGCAAUCAUUCUGUCAUCGACUGCUUCAAUAUUCAAAACAAAUAUAAAAGUUACAAUGAAAGGACAUCACUUACACACUCACUCGUUCACUGAUUCCUUCCACAAGCUAAUCAAACACUGAAGAACCAACCAACAAAACCUACUGAACUAGUACCUAAUACAUAUAUCAUGCUGUAAAGUAAAAACUUAGCCAGCCAAUCGGUCACAGUAAUGGGUGAUAAAUUGUUAGAGCAAUAUCAAGAAUCAAAUCUUCGAUCCCCGAGAUCCAUGGACUUUCG